GGCAACCUAAAGCGGCCCCGGAGCGGCGGAGCGGCAGCCAUGCCGACGGUGCUGGGCCUGGAGGGCUCCGCUAACAAAGUGGGCGCCGGGGUGGUGCGGGACGGCCGGGUGCUGAGCAACCGCAGGGCGACGUACGUCACCCCGCCGGGACACGGCUUCGCACCCGGCCCGGUCAGCCGCCAUCACCGCGAGAAGCUGCUCGGGUUGGUGGAGGCGGCGCUCGGAGAUGCGGGGCUGCGGCCCGCCGACAUCGACGGCAUCGCCUUCACCAAAGGGCCGGGGAUGGGCGCCCCAUUGGCGGUGGUGGCGGCGGUGGCGCGGACGUUGGCGCAGCUUUGGGGGCGUCCAUUGGUGGCCGUGAAUCACUGCGUGGGGCACAUCGAGAUGGGGCGGCUGUUGGGGGCAGCCCGGGACCCCCUGGUGCUGUACGUCAGCGGGGGGAACACACAG